UCAGAGUCACUGUUCCUUCGUCGGCCAGUUUAUUUCGAGGUAAAACGGAAUGUGCGCCAGUAAAACACAGAAUUGAACAAGAAGCAUAGUUUCUGCCGGUACUAGCUUACCACCCCACAACCCGAGAGAGACUUUCCUCAUACACAUCGGGACCAGUCGGCGGAGUCCGAACCAUAUUGCGGUCAUGACAUCGUCUUCGUCGUCGAGCUCGUCGUCUUCGUCUUCAAGCCGCGAAUCGACGCCGAGCUGCUCCAACGAACCCCCAACCUGGGCCGCAAGUGCCUCGUCGGGAGACAACCCGCAACAUGACUCGCCGGAUGGCAAAGGAGGCGAGCAGACGGAGGAGAACAUGCCGCUUCUUGUAGAUGGAGCAGGCCAGGAUGAUCUACUCGAAGAACAGCGGAACGACGAGCGGGAGGUGUUUCACGAGACUAUGAGUCUAUGGUACCUCAUCCUAUUGACCAUAAGCCUUGGUGGCUUGCAGAUCGCCUGGUCUGUCGAGCUUUCCAACGGGUCGCCGUACCUGCUGUCUCUUGGUUUGAGCAAGUCCCUUAUGGCCCUCGUCUGGAUUGCUGGGCCACUUACGGGAACCUUGGUUCAACCAUACGUUGGCAUGCUCAGCGACAACUGCAGAGUGCCCUGGGGCAGACGCAAGCCAUUCAUGCUAGGCGGGGCCGCUGCUACAGCAUGCUCACUCAUGUUCCUGGCGUGGACGAGAGAGAUAGUUGGGGGCCUGCUGGGCUUGUUCGGCGCAGAUCCCGAAUCGCAAGGCGUCAAGGUUGCCAUCAUUGUCGUAGCCGUGAUUUGGGUUUACAUCUUGGACUUUGCCAUCAACACAGUCCAAGCCGCGAUCCGUGCAUUCAUCGUAGAUUGCGCGCCACCGCAUCAACAAGAAGCUGCGAACUCUAUGGCAAGCCGUAUCGUGGGCGUGGGCAAUAUCAUCGGCUAUUGUGCAGGAUACGUUGACCUCCCCAAGUACGUUUGGUGGCUUGGUAACACGCAGUUCAAGGUGCUUUGCCCAAUCGCCAGUAUCGCACUUUGCUCCACCGUUGUGUUGAGCGCUGUCUUCAUCCGAGAAAGAGAUCCCAGGCUGGAUGGGCCGCCCAAGGAACAAGAGGGAGUCUUCAAAUUCUUUCGGACCAUCUUCGUUUCGAUCAAGCGUCUUCCCCCCCAGAUUCAGAAGGUCUGCAAAGUCCAGUUCUGCGCCUGGGUCGGAUUCUUUCCCAUGUUAUUCUAUACCUCGUCAUAUAUAGGAGAGAUCUACAUCGAGCCGUUUCUUGAGCAGAACCCCUCCAUGACACCCCGAGAACUGGAUCGACUCUACGAACAGGCCACGCGUGUGGGAACUUUUGCCCUGCUCAUCUUCGCAAUUACCAGUCUGGCCACAAAUAUGCUCUUGCCAUUAUUCGUUGCGCCAACAUACGACAACGCUGCCGCCAUUAGCAAUGCCCCUGCUGAAGCACCUGGAAGCAUCGUGGACUACGAUUCGAAUAAAAAGUCAUUACUCGCUUUCCUGAUCAUUCCGGGGUUUACUCUUCGGCGUGCGUGGAUGCUGUCCCACAUCAUCUUUGCGUUGGCUAUGUUCUGCACCGUUCUCGUUAGGACAGUGGAGGCCGCAACGAUGCUCAUCGGCCUAGUUGGUAUUACUUGGGCGUUGACUCUUUGGGCGCCCUGGGCUAUCAUUAGCGGUGAAAUAAGUCGCUGCGAUGUUAUACAACGAUCACGGAAGCAAACUACAAGGUUAUCUAUCGAUGAUGAGACUUCAGACAAUACUACGGAUGAGAUUUUAGACGAGCAACGCCGCUUGCAAAACGAAGAAGAGGAGCCUGACAAGGCUGGUGUCAUACUCGGCAUCCACAACAUGGCCAUCGCAGCACCGCAGAUCCUCGCAACUGUAGCCUCAAGCAUCAUCUUUCGCUUUUCACAGAAACCCAGAGGAACCCCAGGCGAUCAUAGUUUCGCCAUCGUUCUCGCGCUUGGCGGAGUAUUUGUCCUCAUUUCUGCAUACUUUAUCCACCUCAUUGAGGACGAUAUGUCACCAAUAGAUAUCCUUGCAACGGUCGAGCAAGGUGACGGGCCUGCAGUUCGAAGUCCACCAGGCACUGCUAAUGGCAAGAUGAACUUUGGCCAAAGUCGGAAGAGCGCAACACUGGCUAGAAGCACGAGCGGUGGGACGAGCAUGGAACAUUAAGCAAUUUUGCUCCCUUUGCGUUGGUUUGACAAGAACGAAUACCCGUAGUUUGUUGCAAUGUAGCUUCUCGCGUUGGCUGGAGCAACAUGGAUAAAGGCAUGCGUUUGCGUUUGGGUAGAUGGGGGCUGGCAGAAGC